UAAUAUUAUUUUCUUUUUAUUUAGGUAAUAUAUAUAUAUUCUUUCACUAUAUGGACACACCGCACCGGUAAAUAUGUCUUUCAACUUGAGUCAAUCAGUAACCGAUAGAUUCUCGAUGUGUCAAGACGUUAAAAAAAUAUUGUCUCAAAAAUUAUUUCCUAAAUAUUAUUUUUUAUUUUCUUAUUUUUUAUUUAUUUAUUAUAAAUUGUAAAACAAUUGUUUUUUAUUAUUUACAAAAAUUUAUUGAUAAAAAAGCUUAUUUGGUGUUUUCAUAAUAUACGAGUGUUAAGGUAUCAAAAAAUUGUCAUGAACACUGAAAUAUCUAACAAAAACGCUCAUCUCAAGAGCUGCUACUUCUUUGAUAUUUCGACGUAACCAUAUCAUUAUCAUCGUAAUCAUAUUGAAACGAUUCCACGAAGAAUGAAUUUUCAAAUUCUUGCCACGUGCAGUAUUAUUUUUGCAUAUACAUCAGCUGCCAUAAUAGAAAAAAAAUUAUCUGCCGUAAAUGUUAAACCAAUCGAAGAUUAUAAUGAUUAUGCUAAGGUUUUGGAACUUUCAUUUCUAUUUUACGAGGCUCAACGAUCAGGAAAAUUACCUUCUAAUAAUAGAAUUUCCUGGCGCGGAGAUUCUGCACUAAAUGAUAGUGGCAUCAAUGGAGAAGAUCUCACCGGAGGCUAUUAUGAUGCCGGUGACUUUGUGAAAUUUGGAUUUACAAUGGCAUGGACAACAACACUUUUAGCAUGGGGUGGUAUUAGUUGGCCUGAAGCUUAUUCGGCAGCUGGUCAACUGGAUGAAUUACGAAUUGCUGUUAAAUGGGCAACUGAUUAUUUCAUUAAAUGUCAUGUUAAUGAAACAACAUUUUACGGACAGGUUGGCGAUUUUUCACUUGAUCAUACAUUUUGGGGUAGACCCGAAGAUUUGAAUACAUCAAGACCUGCUUUUAAAAUUGACACUGAACAUCCAGGUUCUGAUCUAGCUGGUGAAACUGCUUCAGCUUUAGCAGCCACGAGUAUUCUUUUCAAAAUUACAAAUCCAGAAUACAGUAAAAAAUGCCUUCAGCAUGCUCAAGAACUUUAUAAAUUUGCCACUGAUUAUCGAGGACUUUAUCAUCAAUCAAUAAAAGAUGCAACACACUAUUAUGAGAGUACUGACUAUGGCGAUGAAUUGGCAUGGGCUGCUGUUUGGCUUUAUAAAGCGACAAAAAUGACAAAUUAUCUCGACGAGGCCGAAUAUUAUUAUCAACAUUUUUAUCUUAAUGAAAGAUCAAAUUCUUUUUUUUAUAAUAAAAAAUCUGCUGGUGUUCAGAUACUUCUGGCACAAUUAACAGGACGUGAUGUUUAUAAAAAUGCUGCAAAAGAUUUUUGUCAAUUUUCCAUAAAACAACAGAAAAGAACACCAAAAGGUCUUCUUUAUAUUGAAAAAUUUGGUACACUUUGUCACGCUGCCAAUGUGGCUUUUGCAUGUUUACAAGUUGCUGAUAUAUUGGAAAUUAAAAAUUCACAAGAAUAUCGAGAUUUUGCCAAGGAGCAAAUCUCUUAUAUUCUCGGUAGUACAGGAAGGAGUUUUGUAGUUGGUUGGGGUAAAAAUCCACCAACCCAACCAAAUCACGAGGCUUCCUCUUGUCCCAAUAAACCAGCACCUUGUGGUUGGUCGGAAUUAGAUCGGAAAUCACCAAAUCCUCAAAUACUCUAUGGUGCUCUAGUUUCAGGACCUGAUGAACGAGAUGAAUUUGACGAUAAUCGACAAGACUAUAUUUACACCGACGUUACUUUAGAUUGUAAUGCAGGUUUCACGGGAAGUCUUGCCGGUUUGCUUCAACUUCGAGUAAAGCCAACCUCUUGAUAAGAAAAAAAAAAAAUUUUUUUUUCAAAUAUACAUAUAUUCCUUAAAUUCCGUCUAUUAUGAAUCAGAAAUAUUUAUACAAUUUUAGGUGAAAAAAGGCAUCAAAUUGUAUAAAUACUCUCCUUCCGGUUUGAUUUUGAAUUAAUUUUUGAUUUCGAAAAGUCGUGACACUUCUAUAAUUUUAUUAAUUCAUGCUGGUUUAUAUAUUCGCCACGAACUAAUAAAAUAAUUUACAAGUGUUAUGACUUUUCAAAAUGUACACAAAGACUUAAAAAAAAAGUCUGUAUGAACAUAAAGACUAAUUUUUUUUAAAAAAUUAAAAAUCCAUGUAAUUUUUUUUUGAAACUUAAAAUAUGACACAAAUUAAGUUACAUUUAUUAUAAAUUUAGUUUUAACAACUAGAAAUGUGAUAGUUAAGUUAAAAAAAAUAGUUUUCCUAAAAAGUAUAUAUAGUGAAGCAAGGAAUUAAAAAGAAAAAUGCAUUUUGUGUUAUUUCCUUAAUAUUACAAAAAAAAAACCUUCGGAAAUUAUUUUAAAGUCAGUAUUUUUUAAAUACCAAAGACAUUAAAAAUUAGAUAAUAAAAUAAAAAAAUAAAUUGAUAAAAACACAAUUCUAGCUUCUACUAUUUUAUUAUGUUAAAUAUAAAAUUAGUCGCAAUUACAAUAAUAGAAAGGAUAUCGUUUAUUGUGAAUUUUGUUAAAUAGUCAAUAAACUUUUU